AUGGAGCCCGUGCCGCCUCCAUCGCACAGCUCGGGCGGCAUGGCGCACGCGCGCGUGGUGCGCGAGGACAGCAUGGACCGCCUUCACCAGCUCGCGUCGCACCGCCCCGUGCUGCACCGCCGCCACUCGCACAACCACUCGCGCCAGUCGCCCAAGUCGCUGCUCCAGUCCAAGCCCGCGUCCGCCGCGCACCGCCUCGUCUUCAUGCGAAACUACAAGCAAGGCUCGCCCUCGCAAACUCUGUCGCAUGGCAGUCCCACGGCCGUCGCUUCACGCGGCGACAGCAGCAGCGUCGGCAUCGGCACGCCUCAGCCGUCGCAUCACAGCCGGUCCACGGACAAGCCGCCGCAGGCGUCGACUCAGAGCGCGGAGCCCACGCCGCUGAAGGAGAUCCGCCGGCAGCACAGCUGGCCGCUGCCGCCACAGCCGUCCUCGUCGGAGGCGGCGGCGCCAGCGACGACGGCGACGCCGGCAGCGACGGUGACAACAGGACAGCGAGCGGCACCAGCGUCCUCGGUGCUGCGGCAGCCCGCUUGCUCGAUGGUGGAGUGCAGCGCGCGAGGGGGGCCGAGAGCGCGGCGGGAGGAGGAGGAGGAGGAGGAGGUGUCGUCGUGGGCGUCGUCCGUAGAGGAGAAGCCGCUGACGGCGGCCGCUGUGCACGUGGGCGACAACCGCAAGUACGACAUCGUCGCCGUCGGGUUCUGGCUGGCGGCCCUGCAGCAGGGGUGCCCGCUGGUGAAGCUGAGUCGGCGCAGGCCCGGGCGAACGAAGCAGCGCAACUACUUCGUCUACGUGGAGCGCACUGGCGCGGUGCGUGUCGAGGCGAGGCUGCUGUGCGCAAACAAGGGCAUCCAUAGCCCAAUGAACACUUGUCACUAUUCGUUUGCAGUGGGACAAGCCUCGCCUGUUCUCCAUGGGCUCGUCCGCGCCAGCCUCUCAAACUUCUCCUUCUUCUGGCCCCCUCCCGCCUGCCGCGGCGAUCCCUGUGGCGGGCGCGCAGUGCAUCUGUACGGCACGGAGACGACGGACGCGUUCGCGAUGGAGUUUCGCAUGUACACGUCGGAGGGACAGAUCAUGAUGCGCGCGCACACGGACGACUGGUUCCAGAUCUGGAUCAAGGGUAUGCGCUCCAUCAUCGAAUACGCUAAAGUUCUAUCCUGGACUCUUCAAAUCUAG